AUGGAAGUCUUCACAAGCCUUGGUGGUAUGAAUACCACUACUCUCCUCCACACCUACGGCGGCAGCGAGAUUGCCUAUCUUUUACAGAAUCCCCCCGCCGAGUUCCAAAUUUUACACAGUCACAGAUGGGCGCUCCUUUUCUCAUUGCUAGCAGGAUCUGUCGUGUUUUCACUAAGCAGAUACCUUCUUUUCCACGACAGACCUCCCCCAGGCCUUAAACUCAUCCCAGGUCCACGGAGUACACUUCCUUGGCUGGGCCGCAUCCACGGAAUAGACCCCAUUGCACCCUGGAAGUCGAUGAAAAAAUGGUCUGACGAGUAUGAUGGACUCUUCAGACUUACAACUGCUGGCGGCGAGAUGCAUAUAUGGAUAGGCAAAGCAGAGAUAGCUCAAGAGUUGUACUGCAAGCGUGCUGCCAAGUACUCUUCUCGACCAGAGGUCCCAGCCGUCCCGGGGAGCGACAGGCAGGGUCAAUAUCUUCCUCUUUUGCAAGACGAUGACCAUUGGCGUAAUCAGAGAAAGUUUGGCCACACGAUACUUGCAGAGAUGGGUGGCAAGGAAUUCUACGGCUAUGUGACUCACGAAGCUAAACGUUACGUGUACAACCUAAUCAAAAACCCAAAAGACCAUUACACCCAAUGCUCCCACUUUUGUGGGCGCAUAUCUGCGCGACUAGCCUACGGUAACCCCAACUCUGGUGCAGCGCACGCCAAAAACGCAGGAGAGUUCAUUCCACAGAUAUCUCCCUCUGCAAGCGGACCCAUCACAAACAUUUUCCCAUUCCUCGGCAAGCUCCCCGAGUUUAUCAACACUACCCGUAUUGGCGUCCGCCAGCGUCGCGAGCGCGAAGAACGUCUCUGGAAGGGGCUGAUGUGGCAAGUCAAGGAAGACAUGGCCAACUGUAUAGCGCCUCAAUCCUACGCACGCGCGUACUUUGAAAAGGCCGCCUCGGUACCCAAGGGGCUUGGCUUUGGCAUGGACGAGCACGAGGCUGCUUACGCAGUCGGUAUGUUGUGCACUGUCGCGAUUAUGACCAAUUCCGGCCCCAUGUAUUGCUUUUUGAUGGCCAUGGUUUUGCACCCGGAGUGGCAAGCGAAGGCACGAGCCGAAAUCGACGAGGUGGUCGGUCCCAGCCGAGUUCUCGAAGUUUCUGACUCACCCAAUCUCCCAAUUCUGCGCGCUGUGAUCAAAGAAUGCAUCCGCUGGAAGCCACCUGUCCCUCUUGGCGUUCCGCGCAAAGUGACUGCCGACGAUGAAUACAACGGCUACUUCAUUCCCAAAGGUGCAGUUGUGCACGCGAUCGACCUUGCCAUCGCCCAGGACCCUGAACUGUACCCCGACCCUCUCACCUUCAACCCAGCACGGUGGCUCGAGCCGGAGUACCCCACCUACAAAGAGCCUCUCUCCGUACAUCCCAGCCUCCACGGCCACCAUGGCUUCGGAAGAGGACGUCGUCUAUGUCUCGGUAUCGAGUUGGCCCAGGCUGAGCUAGUUGUAGGCUGCGGAAGUCUGCUGUGGGCGUUUGAGAUGUUGCCGAACAAAGAUCAGCAGGGCAACCCAAUUUGGCCAGAUCCAGACCAUUGGACCAGUAAUGUCAUUGGAGGACCUCUCCCGUUAGACUUCGAUCUGAGAGUCAGAAGUGAGGAAAAGAGACAGAUGGCCGAGCAAUUGUUUCAGGAAAGCUUGGGUGACUUUCCCGAGUGA